UUCGAAAAAUAUUUGAAAACAAUAAGGAUCUAAUUAUUAUUGCUAGAAACAUAAGGGUGUUCAAUUGAAAUCUUCCCAGAAUUACAGUACUUUAAAUCCUGAACAUGCCGGGAAUCUAACACAGAAAAUCCGACCUCAUGGUCCAGUUGCCGGAGAAGCUCUCCCCGAAAGCUCUCUUAAAACUCCUAAAGUCUGAGAAGAACCCUAACUCGGCACUCGCCCUCUUCGAUAUAGCGAGUCAGCAUCCGGGUUAUGCUCACAAUGACGCCGUCUUUAAUUACAUCCUCCGCCGUCUCUCCUCCGACCGAAGAUUUGCUAUCCACAUUACUCGAAUCACCGACAUGAUUCGGACCCAGAAAUGCCCGUGGUCAGAGGAUUUAGCGCUCACCGUUAUCAAAGCAUACUCGAAAAACUCCAUGGUGGAUAAAGCGGUAGAGGUUUUUCAAAAUAUGAAGGCGAUUUUCGGGUGUCAACCUGGGGUCAGGUCUUACAAUAGUAUGUUCAACGCUUUUGUGGUUUCGAAUCAGUUGGGCAAAGCAGAGUUGUUUUUUAGACACUUUGAGACAAUGCGGGUUUCACCCAACUCUGAAACCUACAAUAUUUUGAUUACAGUUGCGUGCAAGAGGCGGAAGUUUUUCCAGGCAAAAGAGAUCUUAAAUUUGAUGUGGGAGAGGAACUUGAAGCCUGAUGUGUAUAGUUAUGGGACUUUGAUCAAUGGGCUUGUAAAGAAUGGUGAUUUGAAUGAUGCCUUAGAGGUGUUCGAUGAAAUGUUUAGUAGGGGAGUGACACCAGAUGCCAUGUGUUAUAAUAUUUUAAUGGAUGGACUUUUCAAAGAAGGUGAUUCGAGAGGUGCCAAAAAGAUAUGGGAUAGGUUAUUGCAAAGUGAGUCUUCAUAUCCAAAUGUGGUUAGCUAUAAUGUAAUGAUCAGUGGGUUGUCUAGGUGCGGGAGGUUUAGUGAGGCGUUCGAACUAUGGGAUAGGAUGAAGAAAAACAAGGUAAAAAUGGAUGUCUUUACAUAUAGCUCAUUAAUUCAUGGGUUGUGUGAGUCAGGGAAUAUCAAUGGGGCCGAGAGGCUUUAUAAGGAGAUGACUGAGAGUGGGAUAUUACCAGAUGUUGUGAUAUAUAAUGCAUUGCUUAAUGGGUACUGCAAGUUUAAGAAGAUUAAACAUUGUUUUGAGUUGUGGGAGUUAAUGGCAAGGGAAGAUUGUCGAAAUGUUUCUAGUUAUAAUAUAUUUAUGAAAGGGUUGUUUGAGAAUGGAAUGGUGGAGGAAGCAAUUGCUGUUUUGGAGCUCUUUAAGGAGAAUGGGUAUGUUGCUGACUCUAUGACAUAUGGAAUUUUGGUUCAUGGGCUUUGCAAAAAUUCAAAUGUGAACAUGGCACUACAGGUGUUAAAGGAGGCUGAUGACAGUAGAGGAGAGCCAGAUGCUUAUCUAUAUUCGGCUAUCAUUAAGGGGUUAUGCACAGAAGGAAGACUGUGUGAAGCAGCUGCUAUUAUCGAUCAUAUGGGAAAAAGUGGCAGUAAAGUAAAUCCCGCUGUUUGCAAUGCACUAAUUAGUGGCUUUAUCCAAGGUAAUAAGAUUGAGGACGCAUUGAGAUUUUUUGGUGAACUAGGCAAUAAAAAUUGCUUAACCAAUGUAGUGACCUAUAACAUCCUUGUUCAUGGUCUAUGCAAUGCUGAAAAAUUUGGUGAAGCCUAUGACAUUGUUAAGGAUAUGCUUCAGAAAGGAUGGAAGCCAGACAUUAUAACAUAUAGCUUGUUAAUCAAUGGUCUUUGCAAAACUGGCAAGUUAGACAUGGCGUUGAACUUGUGGAAUCAAGUUCUUAGCAGGGGUGUCAAGCCUGAUACAACUAUAGGUAAUGUUAUGAUUCAUGGGUUCUGCUCUGCUGGAAAACUUGAACAAGCAUUGCAUCUGUAUCUUAACAUGAGCCAGUGGAACUGUGUCCCCAAUCUGGUUACUCUCAACACACUUAUGGAGGGAUUUUACAAAGCUAGGGACAGUCGAAAUGCAUCUGCAAUUUGGGCUCGCAUUCUCAGAGGUGGAUUUCAGCCUGAUAUCAUUUCUUACAAUAUUACUCUUAAAGGGCUUUCUUUUUGCAAUAGGAUAUCAGAUGCCAACUUGUUCUUGAAUGAUGCUCUGAGUAGGAAUGUCUACCCAACUGUAAUUACAUGGAACAUACUCGUCAGAGCUGUUAUUUAUGGUGAAAUUCAAUGUGAUAAUGUUGAUUUAUCAACCAUGCAAAUUUUAGAAAAUCAAGGUCAUGAAGUCAGUUCCCUCUAGAUCCUCAUCUUCAAGUUAUAUUCUAUGGAAUCUAGGAAUUCAAAGUAAAGAUAUGAAAGAUGUUCCAGUUAUCGAAUUGUGCUUUUGAUGCAAAGGGAAUAUUCUUUAAAUAGGGUAAGGGAUGGAAGAUAUAUGCAAUCUUUUUUGUUAGAGAGAAAAAGGGCUUGAAUUCUUGACUACCAUCCGCUUGUGAGCACUUGGCAGUAUACACAUGACAUAUACAUACUGAGAAAGCAAGCCUACCAAAAUUAUCCCAAGAAUUGUGGGUUUUUGCCAGCUGGAGGGUGAAGUGAUCAAUGCAUCAACAAU